AUGGAUUUUGAUGCCUUGGAAGAGGCGGAGGAGCAACUGGAGGACGCUGACUCUGAACUGGAAACGGCCUUUCUGCAGGCUGUUGGGGUAAAAGAUGUGAAGGACCUUCAUGAUCGUGAAACCAUUGAGCUGUGCGGAGCCAAGCUCACCGGACUUCCCUGCCUGAAACUCCAAAAACUUCGGAGGCUUCAGGUGAAACGCUGUGAUUUGCAGCAGCUUCCAUCCUCCUUGGGUCGGAUGUGCAAUUUGAGGCACUUGAACCUGGCGGAGAAUCGCUUGGAAGGUUUGCCAGAGCAGCUGGUGAUGCUGGAGUCCCUUGAAGAACUGGACCUAGCAGACAACAGGUUGCUGCAACUCCCGGACGACAUGAAGCGACUCGAGAAUUUGCAACAGCUGAACGUGAGAAAGAACCUGCUAAGCCGCCUGCCCAGCUUGGGUGAUAGCCUUCUGGAAGUCGAUGCCUCUCAGAAUCGCUUGGACACCUUUCCUGAUCUGGGCCCCCGUAGCCAGCUCCGCACCCUGUGGCUGGGAGGGAACCAGAUUCCAGAGCUCCCUGAGACGGUCAAUUGUCGCUCCCUGGUGGGUCUGCAGUUGGCACAGAACAUGCUGCAGGUGCUGCCGAAGAGUUUGGGCACUCUGCGCCAGCUGCAGCAUCUGGAUCUGUCGGAGAAUUGCCUCAUGACGCUUCCCAAGGAGAUCUUUGAGCAAUUGAAGCAGCUGUGCUCGCUGGAUUUGACAAGCAACCGCAUUUGUGGCCUGGAACCUUUGGGCGUUCUCCCGGACUUACGGAAGUUGGCAGCAUCUGACAAUGCGAUCGAGCGUUUGCCCGAUGACUUUGAUGAAUUCCUGGCCCUGCGGACUCUGGAGCUUGUGGGCAACCCAGUCGUCGCGAAGAUGCAGCUCAGCAAGCAGCACCCAGCAUGGCUGGGCCUGUACCUCCUGCAGUCCGUGGGCUCCUUGCGAGAAUGUCAUUUGGUCGAUGAUGAAUCUCUCAAGGAGCUGCCAGCCAUGGUAGAUGGUGGACGCUUGUGCCUUCAAGGACAAGGAUUGCGUUCGUUGCCACGGUCCAUCUGCUUGGUCAAUUUAGUGCAGCAACUGGACGUCAGCAGCAACCGUCUGACCGAACUCCCUGCAGCCUUGGGAAAGCUGCCGUUGCGAGAGCUUUGCGUGGCGAACAAUCAGCUGAGAGAGUUGCCAAGCAGCUUCAGUGACCUAACGCAGCUCCAACAGAUUGAUGCUUCGAACAAUCAACUGCAACAGCUUCCUGAAGAUCUGACACCUUUGGGUGAGAACCUGGUGAACAUACAGCUGGCUCAGAAUCGUUUGCUGAAGCUGCCAGACAGUUUCUGCUCCUUGGCUCGGCUUCGACGAGCAGAUUUGACCCAGAAUCGGUUGGUGACACUUCCACGGAACAUUGGAAAGCUCUUGCAACUUGAAUGGCUGGGCCUCGGCCGUAGCGAUCUGGUGGAGCUGCCCCGGAGCUUCCGGAGAUUACAGCGCCUGACGCAGCUGCACCUUGCAGGAACUCCAUUGGCGUCCACCCUUUUGCAAGUUGAAGAUCUGCCCGAGCAGCGGAUCCUUUGGGAAAUGAAUCAGUGGGGAAAAUUGGCAGUCAUCAAUAUCCACGCACAGCAGCAAGGGAAAAUACCGGAAACUCUGGUGAAAUGGCGAUGGGCGACGUUGCCGCCAGCACGCGAUGGGAACGCUGAUGUGCACCAGUCGCAGUCAGGCUAUGAGACAAAGAAGCCAAAGGCACGAGAGAAAGUACAAGCUUCUGAAGGCCUGGUAGCAGAUGUAGCAGAAGUGGUCCAGGCACUUCGCCAUCGCCUGGAUGAGACGGAGCGUGGCCAAAUGCAGCAGCUCAUGCGGCACCUGUUUCGAGAGUGGCACCCUGACAAACGUCAUGAUGAUGAGAAGGUGCUGGCAACCCGUGUCUUCCAAUGGUUGCAAGAGGUAAAAGUCCACUACCUCCACUGA